UCUCUCUCAUGUUAGAGACUUUCCUCAAAUGUCUCGUGAUCCACUGUUCUGAGCUCUGGAUGUAUUUAAAAGUAAAACUCUAAAAAUCUGAUUGCAGUUUCUUUCUCUUUGUGUGAGCAAAGCUUGCUGACUGAAAAGCUUCCCUAUAAUGAGACCUCAUAUUUAGGAACCUCUUACAUUUCUGUACCUAUAGGUCUUUUCUCUGGGGUCUCAGAAAAAAAUCCUUCAAUAUCCUGCCUGCUGGUUAUCUGAGAACAGGGUGGGAGAAAGGAAGUGAGAGUUCCACAGGCAUCGCAAUGUCGGUGGGUGGCCCAUCUAGGCAGGCAGCCCUGCUCCCCCUCCUUUUGGCUGUGGUGUUGCCUUUGUCCUGCUCAACCAUAUCCAUAGAUGAGGCACGGAAUGAGCUGAUAAAGAGAGAGAAGAUGGCACGGCUGGGUGGGCAACUUGUGCUGAAGGAAGAAGAGGAACAGGCCAAUGGGAAGCUCAUGACAUUCAAAAAGGCUGAGAUAACCGAGGCCAUGAGGACCCAGAGGUUCCCACCCAGCAUGCACUUUUUCCAGGCCAAGAAACUCAUUGAGGAAAGUGAGGUGUUCCAUAUCCUGAAGAAGAUGCCAAAAGGGGCUGCCUUACACCUCCAUGACUUUGGCAUGGUGGAUGUGGACUGGCUGGUGAAAAAUGUCACCUACAGGCCCCACUGCCAUAUCUGUUUCACUGCAAAAGGGACCUUGUGGUUCAAAUUUGCUCACCCAACCCCUCCCACCCCCAGUCAAGAAGGAUGUUCAAAGUGGAUUUUGCUGGAGCAGUAUAGAAAAGAUCUGAAGAACGUCACUGAGUUUGACAACAGCUUGCUGAAGAAUUUCACUCUGAUGACUGAGAACCCCGAGAUGACUUAUGCAAACCAAAGUGCUGUUUGGGCAAGGUUUGAAACCAUCUUCACGACAAUCACUGGCCUUGUCCAUUACGCACCAGUGUUUAGAGACUACAUCUUCCAGGGCCUGGAGGAAUUCUACCUGGACAACGUGAUCUACUUGGAGCUCAGAGCCAAGCUGUCUCAGGUGUACGAACUGAACGGGGAGACGCAUGACGAAGCGUGGAGCGUGAAGACUUACAAGGAAGUGGCUGAGGUAUUUGCGAAGGAUCAUCCUGAUUUUCUUGGACUCAAGCUCAUUUAUUCGGAUCGCAGAUUCAAGAAUGUAUCUGUCAUCAAAACAUCCGUCAAAACAGCCAUGGCUCUUCGAACCAGUUUCCCCACGAUGGUGGCAGGGUUUGACUUGGUGGGGCAUGAGGACACUGGACACACCUUGUACUACUACAGGGACGCUCUGCUGAUUCCAACUUUGGAAGGCGUUAAACUACCAUACUUUUUACAUGCUGGAGAGACAGACUGGCAGGGUACUUCCAUAGACGAUAACCUUCUGGAUGCCCUGAUACUGAACUCUACCAGGAUUGGACACGGAUUUGCUUUGAGCAAACACCCAGCAGUCAUGGAAGAUUUAAAGAAAAGGGACAUCCCCAUAGAAGUCUGUCCCAUCUCCAACCAGGUUCUGAAGUUAGUGACUGACCUGAGAAUCCACCCUGCAACUGCUUUCAUGGCUGUUGGGUACCCCAUGGUGAUCAGCUCUGAUGACCCAGCUUUCUUUGGUGCCAAAGGCUUGACCCAUGAUUUCUAUGAGGUCUUCAUGGGCAUUGGGGGGAUGGAUGCUGACCUGAGGACACUCAAACAGCUGGCCACUAACUCCAUCAAAUACAGCGCCAUGUUGCCUACUGAGAAAAAGACUGCCAUGAAGAUCUGGGAGAAGACAUGGGAUAAUUUUAUACAUGACCUGAUUAAGAAGUGAGGAGAAGACAGCCAUUCCCCAGCUAUUCUCCUGCUUCCCUUCAUAAAAAAAAGAAAAAAAUUUUAGCCAAUCUCAAAAAGAGUUACCCUGUACCAGCUAUCUUUACUUUUUGUUAAUCAUUCUCAAAACCACUCCAAUAUAGUCUCCAUUACUUUAUCAAAACUGA